CUGCGCUGCACUUCCGGGUCUGACGGCCCGGAGGAGAGACGUUACGUCGCGGUGCGCGCAGCAUCCCCCCACACAAAGAAGACGGCAACAAUGGCCGAUAUAUCACUGUAUCUCACAAACGUUAACGUGUCAAUAGGACGGAACAUGGACGCGGGGCAGAGUCAAAGCCCAAACCAGGCGAGGGACUUUGAGAGUGUGGAGCUGGGAGAGCUGGACAAGGGAGAUGAGCCUGGGCGGAGGCGACAGCAGCAGAGGGAGAAGGCCCCCCGCCGGAUCAUCCAUUUCUCCAGCGGGGAGACCAUGGAGGAGUACAGCACCGACGAGGAGGAGGGAGAGGAGAAGGAGCCGGAGAGGAAAGACCUGCUGUCCUCCCCGGUCGAUGCGGUGAGGUCGAAGAUGACCUGGGGGCCCUAUUUCUGGUUCCACAUGUGGAGAGCGGCGACGUCCACCAUCUCAGCAUGUGACUAUCUUGGGGAGAGAAUGGCCUCCCUCUUUGGAAUCACAUCAGCCAAGUAUCAAUACGCCAUCGACGAAUACUACAGGAUAAAGAAAGAGAAGGAGGAUGAGCAGGAGGAGAGCCGCCUUUCAGAAGAAGCAGAGCGAUCCUUCGACCAGCUACAAUCUCAGGAAGAGGAGGACGAGCCGAUCACGGGGACAGAGCGGCGGGAGGCGGCGGCCGUCGGCCAAAACGCGGCCUAUCAGGUGGAGAACGAGAGCCAGGCUCCCAACACCAUCACCGUCCCUGUCAUCGUCACGGCGACCUAACGUCCCCCCAGAGAUGGACGUUCCGUGUCUGUCAGUUAGAGGAACACAGUCUCGUCUCACCAAACUGUUUGGUUUGUGUAUAACACGUCUUUCGAUGGGCAGCCCCGCUGUGCUUUGGCUGAGUGGCGAGGACAGUCGGGACGCAGCUUUGUAGAUAAACCGAUGGCCAGAUUGCCCCGAUAAUGUGGCAACCCGUUCAGUCUUUAGGAUACAAAUCAAAAGGCUUACUAGGGAAAGCGGAAGAACCCUACGGGAACAGCUUUCCAUUUUAAGGGUCUCUCACAUUAUCCGGCGCGCGCCGCUCUGGUCAGCCAUCAGCUGCUCCCCCCCGUGCCUCCGACGGACCGGACACUGUGCCUAGAUCACCCGUACAGCCACGUCCGUGCCAGAUGUGGACACCAAACAACCGCUGGAGCCUCGACCCGAGUCGCCGUAGACACCGUGUUUGAAAUAUCUUCACACGUUUGAACCUGCUGUUCUGUCCAGAUCUGGCACCGCUGAUACACCUGGCUGCACCCACCAAAGAGCUGGCCAUUUUAGCACCCCCCACCCCCCCCCACACCCCAUUCACGCUUUGGUUUUCGUAUUUCGGUAUUAAUGAGUAUUUGACUUAAAUGCACACUCUUGAUGUCUGUGAGAGCACGGAGCAGAUUUAAAGGAUGGAAACAGGUUGCUCUUUUUUAAUCUGCCUUAACGGAUGUGGCGUCGAACCACUUUGACGGUGGAGGGAAGCAUUGUGACACCCAGUCUGUAUAGACUUAACAGUUUUUAGUACAACUUUUUAUAUUUCUGUAUUUAUUUUAUUGAAACUUGUCUAAUUUAUGCACUUUCUAUCGUUUGACUAACAUUCCAAUAAAUUGUUUAUUAAGUUAAUGUCUGUUUUUUUGUAAUCUCA